CCUAACAACUUCCGGUUCCCGAAAUUGAUGUCUGCUGGUUGUAAAAGUUUGCAGAUAGGCUACAAAUCAUGUCUGGCAACGGAUUUCAACAGUCAUACGCAAACGAAAAGCCACCAAGUUCUGCUGGAAGCGCAGAGGCUGAUAUCAGCACUGAUCCUGCCAGUAGUGGGUUUUUUACAAGUGAUUAUAAGAGACAUGAAGACCUUAAGACAAUGCUUGACAGCAACAAAGACAGCCUCAAACUCGAGGCUAUGAAGAGAGUUGUUGGGAUGGUGGCAAAAGGAAAGGAUGCUUCUGACCUCUUUCCAGCUGUUGUAAAGAAUGUUGUUUCUAAAAACUUGGAGAUAAAGAAGCUGGUUUAUGUAUACCUUACCCGAUAUGCAGAGGAACAACAGGAUUUGGCACUUCUGUCAAUCAGUACUUUUCAGAGGGCAUUGAAGGAUCCAAACCAACUGAUCCGGGCCAGUGCCCUUAGAGUUCUCUCCAGUAUUCGCGUACCUGUUAUUGCUCCCAUCAUGAUGUUGGCAAUCAAGGAAGCUGUGAUGGAUAUGUCUCCAUAUGUGAGGAAGACUGCAGCCCAUGCCAUCCCCAAAUUGUACAGUUUGGAUCCAGAGACCAAAGAUCAGCUUAUAGAAGUACUUGAACGUCUUCUUGGAGACAAAACCACACUUGUAGCAGGCAGUGCGAUCCAGGCAUUUGAAGAGAUAUGCCCAGAACGCAUUGAUCUGAUCCACAAGAACUACCGAAAGCUUUGCAACCUGCUGGUUGAUGUAGAAGAGUGGGGCCAAGUGGUCAUAAUCAACACCCUGACACGAUACUGCCGCAAUCAGUUUAUCAACCCUAACCAGAAUGAGGUUGUUGAGGAAACAGAGAGACCUUUCUAUGAAAGUGAUGACAAGGAGGAUGAAGAAAAGGAACCAGAGAAAGUGGAGAACAAACCAGAACAAAAGAAAGCUCCAUAUAUUAUGGACCCUGACCAUCGAUUGCUUUUGCGGCAAGCUAAACCACUUCUCAACAGCCGAAAUUCUGCUGUGGUGAUGGCUGUAGCUCAGUUAUACCAUCAUUGUGCACCAAAAGCUGAAGUUGGAGUUGUCGCCCGCAGUCUGAUUCGACUGUUAAGAAGUCACAGGGAAAUCCAAUAUGUUGUUUUGAGCAAUGUAGCCACAAUGGCUGCCAAGAGAAAGGGAAUGUUUGAGCCAUACUUGAAGAGCUUUUAUGUCCGUUCAAGUGAUCUUCACAUAAAACUCCUUAAGCUGGAGAUUUUAACCAGUCUUGCCACAGAGACGAACAUCUCCACCAUUCUGCGUGAGUUUCAGACCUAUGUUACCAGUUCUGACAAGGACUUUGCAGCAGCAACCAUCCAGGCCAUAGGUCGCUGUGCUAGCAGUAUAUCUGAAGUCACAGAUACUUGUCUCAAUGGUCUUGUCCACCUUAUGUCCAACAGAGAUGAGGCUGUGGUGGCAGAAAGUGUAGUUGUAAUCAAGAAGUUGCUGCAGAUGAGGCCUGAAAAUACACAGAAGGACAGGCCUAAUGAACACAAGGGCAUUAUUAGCCACAUGGCCCGCAUGGUUGACAAGAUCACAGUACCAAUGGCUCGUGCCAGCAUCCUCUGGCUGAUUGGAGAGUACAGUGAACGUGUGCCAAAGAUAGCUCCUGAUGUAUUGCGCAAACUUGCCAAGAGCUUUAUUAAUGAGGAAGACAUUGUCAAGCUCCAGGUGCUAAACCUAGCCACCAAGCUGUGCAUCACCAACCCCAAACAAACCAAGCUACUCUGUCAGUAUGUUCUCAACCUUGCAAAGUAUGACCAGAACUAUGACAUUCGAGACCGUGCACGCUUCUUGCGUCAAAUGGUGUUGCCAGGAGAGAAGGGCUGUGUGUUUUCUAAAUAUGCAAAAAAGAUUUUCCUAGCCGCCAAACCUGCUCCUGUUCUGGCUUCAAAGUUUAAGGAUCGAGAUCAUUAUCAGCUGGGAACGCUGUCCCAUGUUUUGAACAUGAGAUGUACUGGCUACCAAGAACUGCCCGACUGGCCAGAAGCAGCUCCUGACCCGUCUGUCCGCAACGUGGAAAUGCCACCUCUCUGGGCGGACAAAAAGACAUCUGGCAAGACCAGCACAAAGAAAAAGCAAGAUCUUCAAUCCUUCUACUCAGAGUCGGAGUCCAGUGAUACAGAAGAGUCUGAAGAAAGCUCGGGAGAAGAAGACAGUGAAGAAGAUUCAGAUGAUGAUGAUGAUGAGGGGAAAGUGAGCAACGAUUCAGAAGAGGAAUCUGACAGCUCUAAAGCAGCCAAAAGCAGUGAGGAGGAUUCAGAUGAGGAAGACAGUGAAGAUGAAGAAUCUGAUUCAGAUGAGGAUUCCAGUGAAGAGGAGAGUGAAGAAGAGGAGGAGAAGGAAGAGGAAGUGAAGAAAAGGGAGCCAGAGAAAAAGCCACCCAAACCAGCCAAGACCAAAGCUGAAACUUCUGCUGCAUCUGCUGCUGACCUGCUUCUGGACUUAGAUGAUUUGGGAACCUUAAGUAGUGGCACAAGCAGUGCUGCAGUGACUCCUAGCAUCUUGCUGACACCUACAAUGGCAGCUGGACAAACCAUGCCUGGUGCAGGAGACAGCAAAUUGACCACCUCUAAUAUUGUCCAAGGUAUCACCAUAACACCAAAAUCCUAUGAGCUUUUGCACAGAAUAAGUGGCAAUGGACUUAGUGUCACCUAUAAGUUCACGAGAACAAUUUCUGUUUUCUCACCCAAAAUGGUGUCAGUUGAGCUUUUCCUCACAAACAAUGGAGAUGUACCUCUUACCAAUGUCAAGAUUGGGGAAACAAAGGUGCAGCAGGGCAUGGAGGUGCAACCUUUUCCAGAAAUAGCAUCUCUUGGGGUUGGAGCAUCUGUGAGUGUUCUCAUGGGCAUCAACUUUAACGAUACAACUCAGCCAGCCUCCCUAGAGCUGUGUACUGCUGAACAAAAGUUUAAGGUCAGCAUCACUGCACCUGUUGGAGAGCUGCUGCAGCCAUAUACCAUGAGUGAAAGUGACUUUGUGGUGCAGCAAGGCAAAUUGGGAGGCAUGAACGAGAAUAGUGCAAAUGUCAGCUUGCCGGAGGAAGGAAACAGUUCUGUUUUCCUGUGCACAUGUAUCUUGACAGCAGGAAAUCUUCUCCAGGUGCCAUCCUCUGAUGGGAGUGUUUUUAAAUUUGCAGCAAAGACUCUUGCAUCUGGCACAUUGGUGCUUGUGACAGUGAAGCUCCUGGACAAAAAGGCUAACGUCACCAUCAACUCUGAGAAAAUGGUGAUAGGCACCAUGCUGCUGAAGGAUAUACAGAAAGCUGUCGAGAAGAAGUGAAAGAAGAAUUAGAUUCUUUGCUUGUGUACUAGUGUCUCUUCAUUUGAAAAUCUGUUGGUUUGGAUUUCAGAUAUGUGUUCAUGUCAGUCAUGUAUAUACUUGGGUCAGAAGAGAGUAGGCAAACUGGUGCCUUACCAUCUUCACAUAUGUAGAAAAUUACAUCAGUUUAUUGUAAUGUGGUUUUUAUCACAUUAGCUCAUAGCCGUACAUCUGGAUAUGAGGAAGAUAAAGCCAAAGAUAUAAAAAGAUCAGUAUGCAAGGAGUGAUCUUUAUCUUGUUUACAGAAGAGAGUAGAGGAGUAUUAUUUCCUUAAAUUUUUUUUCUUUUCUGUAUAUAUACUUCUGGUGAUGGACUCAAGAUGGCGGUAGAGUAUAACAAUAUCAAAGGAUCUUCUGUGUGACUGUUGGAAGAUGUGCACAAGAAAUGGGUUUCUGUGAUCAACAAGUUUGACCAGCUAUGGCAAUUUGUUAAAAACUAAUUUUAAUGAAGUUCUUCCUAUUGUUCCUUUAUGUUUCUUGUGUUUGUAUAUGGUUUGCAAGGGAUAAGGAUAGGAAGGUCACCAUCAUAACAGGAAAUUAUGUAAAGUAAAAGGCACUUAUCUUUUGAUCUUGUCUGUUGUUAAGCAUCAUGGUAUGAAUUGUUUCAGCAUUAGCUAUUUGAUAGCAAUGAAUAUUUUGAAAUUGCUUUACAUAAAUCUGUGAUCUAUAGGUCAGGGCAUAAGUUAGUCUUGUAGUGCUGCUGUCAUUUUGCUGCACACCAUUAUUGGGAUACAAUUUCUUCAAAUGGCCUGCUUUCGGAAGAAUAGGCAUUUAACAAGCCUGGGUGUGUCAUGGGGAAGUUCACCUAUCAGUUCAUCUUUUCAAGGUUGCAUGCAUCAUUUUCUGAUUGUUUGUAAUGCACAAACAUAUUCAGAGUGCAUUAUCAUGAUAUCUUUAUUUGUAUACCUUCACAUAGCCACUCAUACAGACAUAAAUGACAUCUCUAGAAUAUUGUCAGUAUUUUAAGGUUGGGUGGACCAGUAUGAACUAGGCCAUUUUUUAUGCCACUGGAUUUUGAGGAAUUUUUCAGUAACAUCAAGGCAGUACAGUGUUCCCUCGCUACUUCGCGGUUCACAUAUCGCGGAUUCACUACUUCGCGGUUUUUUUUGAGUGAAUUAUCGAUC